AUGAGUGUCGAGACCCAGAGAGCAGCGGACGUCGCUGCCGACAGCGAAAAGGCACGAUGGAAGUACCUCGAGCAAAUCAGACGCACGCCGGGCCCGUUUACAAACCCAGAAGCUGUAGAAGACGAGUUCCUGGCCCAAUUCGAGCGGUUCAAGAUUCUUGGCGCAGGUGGUUUGGGAUGCGAAAUCCUUAAGAAUCUAGCCAUGUCCAAGUUCAAGGAUAUCCAUGUAAUCGAUAUGGAUACCAUCGACAUCUCGAAUCUGAACCGACAAUUCCUCUUUCGCAAAUCAGACGUUGGGAAAUUCAAGGCCGAAGUCGCAGCCAAGUUCGUCGAGAAAAGAGUCAAGGGCGUUACAAUCACAGCUCACAAUAAACGGAUCCAAGACUUCGACGAUGAAUUCUACAAGCAGUUCCAGCUCGUCAUCUGCGGCUUGGACAGCAUUGAAGCUCGACGGUGGAUCAACGCCAUGCUAGUCUCCAUCGCGGAGGAGUCUGAAGAUCCUGAUGGAGUCAAGCCACUGAUUGACGGCGGUACUGAGGGCUUCAAGGGCCAGGCCAGGGUCAUCUUUCCCUCCUUUACUUCAUGCAUAGAAUGCCAGUUGGACAUGCACGCCCCCAGAGCUGCUGUCCCGCUCUGCACGAUUGCUUCUAUCCCGAGACAGCCGGAGCACUGCGUCGAGUGGGCCCAUGUUAUUGCUUGGGAGCAAGAGAAGCCUUUUCCAAAGCUCGACAAAGACGAUCCCGAGCAUGUCACAUGGAUCUACCAAAAGGCUCUCAAGCGCGCAGAGGAGUUUAACAUUCCAGGAAUCACAUAUUCGCUCACGCAAGGAACGAUCAAGAACAUUAUCCCCGCCAUUGCGUCAACAAAUGCCAUCAUCGCGGCCGCGUGCUGUAACGAGGCAUUCAAGAUUGCCACAACCACAGCGACGUGUCUGGGGUUUGAGAACAACUAUAUGAUGUACUCUGGCAACGACAGCAUCUACACGUAUACGUUCAAGCACGAGAAGAAGGAGGACUGCCCAGUCUGCGGACGGGAAGCUCGACCCUUGGACGUUGAUCCUAACAUGACGCUUCAGGACCUCUUGGACUCGUUUGCCGUUCGUCCCGAAGCUCAGCUGAAGAAGCCAUCCAUACGAGCGGAGGGCAAGACUCUUUACAUGCAGGUUCCGCAAAGCCUGGAAGAGCAAACGAGGCCAAACCUGAACAAGUCGCUCAAAGACCUAGGGCUGGAAAAUGGCCAAGAGGUUGUGGUUACCGACCCUGCGUUCCCCCUCGAAUUCAACUUUUUCUUUAGAUUCAAAGCAGAGAGUCCCUAG